UGUCGGCUGCUUGUUGCUCUGUUGCCAUGGUAUCGUUUUAUCAGUACCGCCGCUGACAUUUUAACCUUGCUUAUUUCUUUGUAAAAACAGAUGGAGGACAACAAGGUCAGCGAACUUAUGCAGUUUAUUGGAAGAAGUUACAAAGGGUGCACAGAAAAUGACAGGAUGCACGGAGAAGGUGAGUACACCUUUCCCACAAACACCAAGUAUGUUGGAGAGAUGAAGGAUGGAAUGUUUCAUGGAAAAGGAAUGCUUCUCUUUCCAAAUGGGAUUAAAUAUGAGUCUAUCUGGGAAGACGGCAUAUCUAAACAAGGGUCGUUUACUUUUGUGGACGGUUUGCAAUAUCAGGAAAACAACUGGGACUACUGUGAUGGGAACGACAGGCGUUUUUACAGCGAGAGGUGCAAUGGGAUAAGACCUGCAGGAGAAUCUCAAAUGACAUAUCUGCACCCACCUAGACCUAUUCCUGCAGGCUGCUAUGACUGUGCAGAUGGUUUCUAUGACCCUGUUACCAGAGUCAUCACCUCUUACAGCGGCGGAUUUGUCAGGAGCGCAGAUGACUCUGAACAUGAGUGGAUUGUGCGGACCUGUCGCAAGGCUUGGGGUGACGGUGGUGGUCCUGAGAAGCUCGUUUCAGUCAAAGUGGAGCAGAAAAGCAACAUCAUGUGACAACCUGUUUGAUUACUUCAAAUUCAGCCGUCCUCUGUGGAGCAACAUCCAAAACAAGAAUAUGAGGAAAAGAAGAAAUGGUCUUUUGGAUUUAGUCAAAACGUGUUUUCCUUUUACCCACAUAUGCUACAUCUUUAGUUGUAUGUGUGUACAGUUUGCUUUUGGAGUGUGAAAUAAUUAGAGAUUCGUUCACUUUCCUUCGUUACUGUGUGGAGUUGCACCAGAUUUUAAUUCAACUGUUAAUUAUUUGUUUGCUACUCCUGUAAAAAGAGGUUGUGUGUUUUUUUGUCAAAGAUCUAAAUUCCUGUUUGUUCCAGCUGCACACAUGCAGUUUUAGCUGUGUGUCAUCCCCCAGAUGUUUAGUUGAGUCCAGGAGCUGGAAUUACCUCGUACAAGAGAGUUUGAAGGCUCAGACACACAAAUGUAAAUAAUAGGUUCAUAGAAUGAAGAGGAGAAAGACUGUAAGACAGCAACAUAUCUUAGUUGUUCGGGCUAAAAAAAGAUUUUUAACAAAAUUGGAUUAAACAGAAACCAUUACAGGUAGCUGAUGUUUAGUACAUUUUUUCUUCUUUUGCUGGUGCUUAAUAAUUAUUUAUUUGGAGCUUUUUUUUACUUUGGUUUUAGAACAAAUAAACAUGUUUUCAUGUUGACAAAGGGGUUCAGACAAUAAGCAAUUUUAAUCCUUAAUGACAUUAUGGUGUCUGUUUUUCACAAGUAACUACACUCAAACGCACAUUCAAAUAAUGUAGGAAAGUAGUUAGUAAUAUCAUAUUUUGUCAUAAAUGCAGUAAAUUAUUUAAAAAAAACCUUGUUAUAUAUAAUUAUGUGGCUUCACUGUGAAAAAAAUAUAUUUUUUACGAUUUUAUUGUUAAAUAAAUGUGUUGAACCACUGAUUAAUUUAUUAACUUUGCAAAAAAAAAUACAAAUGCAACAUUUUCAAACACUGAUGUUUCAAAAGAAUGGAGAGGCAAACGUUCCACAUAAAUAAUUCAAAAACACACAAAAGAUUUAACAUUCUAUUUUAUUGCAUUGUAUGACACAAAACAUUUAUGAAGCACAGUCUAUCAGUAAACCUUUUUGUCAACCUUUUUUUUCACUUUUUUUUGUCAAAAAAACUCAUCUUUGAGAGGGGAAAAGUGCUUUACAGGGAUUUACCAACUCAAUAAAUACAAAGGAUUUGA